AUGAUCUGUAGCAGCAGACGAAGGUGUGUGGUCAAUGAUUUUAAUCGUGAUAGUCAUCCGGAUGUUGUUAUCGGUAACUCAGGCACUGAUAGUAUCAAUGUCUUUCUUGGAAUUGAAAAGUUCUCGUUUACGAACCAAACAACCUACUCGACGGGUCCAGUAUCAUCUCCAUACUCAGUUACUAUCGAUUAUUUCAACAACGGCCGAAAGCUUGAUAUUAUUGUUGUCAAUUACAACGACAACAAUUUUGGCUUACUUUUAGGUCAUGACAAUGAAAUUUUUGAUAAUGUUAUGCUUGAAGUAUUAGAGUAUGGUUCUCACCUGUUUUUUUUUAUUGUCUUGGCUGAUUACAGUAACAACGGUAAAAUGGACUUUUAUAUUGCAAAGAAGGGAAUUGAUAGUUUGACUAUUUAUUUACAAACAUCUUAA